AACCAAAGUGUCAGGACAAAACCUCACCUCACACAUCUUGGGGACAAAGCAGGCAGGAGGGAGCUGCAAUUGUCCCCGGCUCACUUCUUCCUCUGAACUGUAAAACUGAAGACGGGAUCUUGGUCCUGGCAGAAGGGACGCUAUGAUCGUAGAAUUUCUGUCCCUGUUUUGCCUCGGACUUUGUCUGGGCCAUGAAGAUGAGAAAAAGAAUGAGAAGCUUCCUAAACCCUCCCUCAUCGCCUUGCCCAGCUCAAUGGUUGAACGCAGUAGUAACGUGACCCUGAAGUGCCAGUCUCGCAUCCAGAAUGUGACAUUCAUAUUGGAGAAGUUGCAGGAUUCUGGGUACAAGCGGGAGCAGAGAUCAGCAGGACACCAUGUUGAAUUCCUCCUCACUGACCUGAAGCUUAAGGAUGCUGGAACUUACUUUUGUUCCUACAAAACAAUGGCCUCCCAUGAGUGUUCAGAGAAGAGCGAACACCUGCAGCUGAUGGUCACAGAUUACCACGAUGGACGUGUAGCUCCUUCAAUAAAAACAGACACCAGCAUCAUCAUUCUCACCACCUUCAGCCUUCUCUCCAUCUUUCUCCUCUUCAUCUCAGUCCUCUUCAUCUACAGAUGCACUAGGCAUGGUUCAUCAAAUGAAGAACCUACCAAGAGGACCAGCCAUCCCAAAUUUUCCGAACAGGAGGCUACAGAUGCAGAUUUAUCCAAGAUGGAAAGGAUAUCUAUCUUGACCGAAGAACCUCAGGAAGUGACCUGUGCCGAGCUAAACACCAAAGUGCCAUCUGAGGCAGCGUCUGUCCCCGCCGAGGAGCCCGCAGGAUCUUGUGAAUGCGCAACGCCGAAGGCGUAGAAGGGGGGUAGCAGGAGCCACUGCAGGAAGAGCUUCUUCCCUAGGAAGGAGAGUUUGGACGAAGACAGCUGAGAUGACUGGACAUUUGGAAAUCCAGGUCAUGCUGUGUUCUUGGCUCCUAAUCCAUAAUCGUAAAAUUAAGUUUCUCUCUUUUUGCUUCCACACCUCUCAAAAAUUACUGGAUGGGUUUCCCAGAAUUUGGGGUUUGACUUUAGUAUGGUUUGACUCAAAACACAGGCUAAGAAUACGUCCUGUGGGCUGGUGGUACUCAUAAUACUCACUUAGGGAGUUCUGGACGACACCACGUAAGUAGAAAAUGAUUUCCCAGAGAAGCCCAUGUGAUUGCUGUCGGGUGAGGCAUCCUAUAGACACAGUGAUUUUUGAAGAGGAGCACAAAAUACAAGACAUUCAGUUGUGAACUAACAAAAGCAUCCUUACGUAGCAUUCACCCAGGUAAACAGCUAGAUGUAUUUAGUUCAUGAUUCUCUUGUGCUGUGCCGGGCAGCCAUCUGGACCCGAGUCAAGCCCAGUUUUCUCUCUGACAUAAAUGAGUUUCCUUAGUGCCAUCAUAUUUCUGUUUAGAUUAUUAUUUUUAUUAUUAAAAUCAAAAUAUGCAGUGAAGUUAGAGUUACAAAAUAUAUGUAGAUUUUGACACUUGGUGCCCAUAGCUUAACUAAUUUACGUUAAUACAUCAUUGUAAGGAUUUUUCUGAGUGUGGUCUUUUUUCUGUGACAGAGGCACCAAAUGAUCACUUAUGCACACCACCAAUAUACGAGCUUUGCUUCCAAAGUUAUAACGCUCAAUCAGGUUUGAAAGCUAUUUUUUAAUAUAUGAAUAAAUGAAAGCGUAAAGAUUUGGAAUGUAUAUAUAAAUAUCCUCAAAUCAUAAGUAUAUGCUGGAUAACUUUUCUCUUUUUAAUUAUGAAAUAAUUUGAUCAUAAAGGAAAACACCAAAUAAUAUAAAUGGAAAUGUGCACACUGACCUUGUUUUCUAGACAUCAACAUUUUGCUGUGUUUUUAUUUCUGCCCUCCCAAUCUGUUCUCCUUUCUCCCUCCCCUAGAGGUAAACAUUAUCCGAGGUAGUGUAUAUUAUGCUUAUGUAUGUUUCCAUAGUUUCACUAUAUAGGCAUCUAUUGACGGUCAAUAUAUAGUGUUAUUAAAGUAUAUAUAUUUGGAAUUAUAUUAUAUAUUACAAUUCUGUGGCUUUUUAAAUUGCCCUAAACAUUAUGCUUUUUGAAAUUCAUCCAGGUGGGUUUUGUGGGUCUAGCUCAUUGUUUACUGCAGAGAAUUCAGUUAUUAACCACAUCAUGGAAUACUAUUCAGCCAUAAAAUGGAAUGAAGCACUGUCACAUGCCACAACAUGGAUGAACCUUGAAAACAUGAUGUUCAGUGCAAGAAGACAGGCACAAAAAGCCACAGAAUGUAGGAUUCCAUUUAUAUGGAAUAUCCAGAACGGACAAAUCUUUCGAGACAGAUUGCAGAUUAAUGGUUUCCAGGCGGCCUGGGGAGGGGAGAACGAGGAGUGGCUGCACAUAAGUAUGAGUUUCUUUUUGGAGUGUUGAAAAUGUUGUAGAAUUAGAUUAUGGUGAUGGUGGUACAACCUUGAGAAUAUACUACAAAAAACUGAAUUGUGCACUUCAGAAGCAUAGAUUUUAUGCUAUGUGAAUUCCAUCUCAAUAUAAAAUAAAUUUUUAAAAAGAACUUGGUUGUCUGCACAAAC